ACAUAAGCAGCAGGGCACUCAGGUCUGCCUGGCGCACAGACUUACACCUACACACACACACUCGUCACAUUAACACACACACACGUUUCACACACUUCACGCACACACCCUCCCCUCGUCAGGGCACCCUGCUCGACCUCUCACCAUUGGCCAAAUCCCGGAGCCCUCAGCAUCUCCAUCACGGCUGAAGGGACCAUUCGGGAAAGCAGGAGACAGAGGUGGACGACAGUAUGAGGAUGCUUGUGCGGCUCGUUUGGGGACUCUUCGUCCUCAAAGCGGUGGUGGCUAGCCCCAGAAUUUCCCGACAAGCGGACUUGGACACAUACGAUAGUGCCAACUACGAUGUGGAUCUAGACAAUUCAAAUUUGGAGAACCAAGAUAACUAUGACUAUGAAGAAGAGCUGACAAUUGAUGAUCCUCAGAUAGAGAUUGGAACACUCGCACCUGACUACAACUACCCUGUAACCGAGGCUUCAGAAGAACAAGUAGAAGAAGAGGAGGAGGAGGAGGAAGAGUUGCCCCUGACACGCCAGCUCGUUCCUCAGGGUUCAGGGGGCUCUGGGGUUCUCAUGGGCCCAAACACACAGAAAGAGGUGGAGCUGCGUCUGACGCCCAUUGACAUCCUUCAUGUGUCCGGGGAUUUUGGAGGCUCGUUAGGGUCCGGGGCCUCGGGAGCUUCUGGGGCUUCUGGGUCUGGAGGCUCAGGAGACCUUCUGGUCUCUGGUGGCUCAGGGGGUUCCGGUGAUAUUGUCUUUAUCUCCGGAGCCUCUGAGGAGCUCCACAGCUCUGGGGGGUCAGGGGAAUUCUUGGCAUCAGGGGAUAUCUUGAUAUCUGGGGAUCUCUCGGGCUCCGGGGAUCUCUCAGGCUCCGGGGAUCUCUCGGGCUCCGGGGAUCUCUCAGGCUCUGGGGAUAUUUCUGGAGCCUCUGGAGAUCUUGGCUCUGGGAUUUCUAUUGAAUUCCCCCUGGGCUCUGGGGCCUCUGGAGACCAGUCUGGUUCUGGGUUCUCCGGAGAUCUCCUGAUUUCAGGGGCCUCAGGAGGCUCUGGGGUUUCUGGGGACGGUGAGUCCGGUUCCUCAGGGAUAACAUUGAUAUCUGGAGAGGAGGAGCUGCCUCUCAUUCCCGAGACUAUCCCUAGCGAGGCAUCAGGUGCUUCAGGGGAGUUCUCGGGAGCUUCAGGAACCUCAGGGGCCUCUGGGGAUCUGGGGAUCUCUGGAUCCUCUGGGGCUUCUGGUGCUUCUGGCUCUGGAGACACAGUGGUCCCUGAGGUAACUCUGGUUCCUGAUAUUGAUAAAGAGGAGGGGCUGCUUCCGACCACACCAGAAACCCCUCAGGAGGGUACUGGUGGUGUAGAAGGGUCAGUGAGCUCGGGUGAACCUGACGAGCCUGAUGAGCCUGAGAUUGACAGGAAAGGUAUGCCCACUUGCCUGCUGUGCACGUGCCUCGGUGGUUCGGUCUACUGCGAUGACUUGAAGCUGGAUAGUGUUCCACCUCUUCCUAAAGACACCACUCACUUCUACGCCCGCUACAACAGAAUCACCAAGAUCAACAAGUCUGACUUCGCCUCCAUGAACAAGCUGAAGAAAAUCGACCUAACCGCCAACGAGAUAACGUCCAUCGAUGAGAGAGCAUUUUUGGGUCUUCCCGAGCUGGAGGAGGUGUUGAUUCGAGAAAAUCAUAUCUCUCAGCUGCCUGCUCUCCCAGAGACCAUGAGCUUGAUCGAUGCCAGCCAAAAUAACAUUGGCACCAAGGGUAUUCACAAAGAGGCGUUCAAAGAUAUGACCGGCCUGUUGUACCUGUACCUCACAGACAACAACAUUGAUUACAUCCCUGUGCCUCUACCAGACAGCCUGCGAUCUCUACACUUACAGCGUAACAAUAUUCAGACGAUGCACGAGGACACGUUCUGCAACCUGAAAGACUUCAACUACAUCAGAAACGCACUGGAGGACAUCCGUCUGGACGGCAACCCCAUCAACCUCAGCAGGACCCCGCAGGCCUACAUCUGCCUGCCCCGCAUCCCCAUCGGGGAUCUCAUCUAACCACAGACACAAACCUACACUGUUGCACACGGACUCACACAAAUACAACCACAUGCACACAUCUUUGUACAUAUUGACACACCAAAGCCACACAUGCUAACUAUUUAUCAAUACUCAAAAUUAAAUUAAUUGCAAUUACAAACUCAUACAUGCUGCUGACAUAUAUUAUGGAUUGGUAAACAUUUGUGUGGAAAUGUAUGUUCCAUAAACAACGAACAGAUUCUGGUGAUCAAGCACAUACAUACUGCUCUAUCUUUCUGUUGUUUUAGACUUUUAUAACGCAACGUAAUGAAUUUGUCACUCUCACAUUCCCUCACAAAAUGCAUGUUCACACACAUAAGAACUUUUUCAUAAGCCAAACUGUUCCGCAACUUGAUUUAUAGAAAACAAGACAACAUUUGGAGAAAUCAGUUUAUUAAAAACCCUCAAAUGUCAUGUACGUGUCUGUUUUAGUGUUUGUUCAUGACUGGCAAAAAAAUACAACCAGUAAUAUUUUUUAAUGUUUUGUUUUGUAAAAAAAUAAUAUUAAUAUAAUAUUAAUGACAAAUCUAACACUUUUGGAAAUGUAUACUAGCAUAAACUUAUUGAAGCUGGAGCUUAAUGGAAGGUACAUUGAGUAUCUAAUGCAAUAAAAGACGCAUUUAAACACAA